AUGUAUGGGUUAAACUGUGCCGCACAAUGUGAAUGUAAGGGCCAUGCUGUACGAUGUGACAGUAUCAAGGGCUGUAUCUGCAAAGACAAUUGGAAGGGAACAAACUGUGACAUUGAUGUUGAUGAGUGUGUAGAAACUCCAAACAUUUGUCCAUCAGAUCAUUACUGUAAAAAUACUAAGGGAUCCUACACAUGUGACUGUCCUAUAGGAUUUGAAGAUAUCAAUGGGACUUGCAUCAACAUUGAUGAAUGCAACAGUAUUCUGCUAAAUAAUUGCUCCCAAAACUGCAUUGAUGCACCAGGCUCUUUCAUUUGUGAAUGCUUCAGUGGUUUUACAAAACUUUCUAAUGGGACUUGCUUAGAUAUAGAUGAAUGUAAUAAUGGCCAAUCUGGCUGUGAGCAGAUCUGUUUGAAUGUUCCAGGGAGUAGCUACUGUGGUUGUUAUCCUGGUUAUAGAUUAAAGGAUGACAGAAAGACAUGUGAAAAAGAUGCUGUGGAUCCUUGUUUCAAUUUUUACCUUAACUGCAGCCAAGGCUGUACAGAUGUAAAUGGAACACCUCAAUGUUUCUGUCAUACUGGCUUCACUCUUAGCACUAAUAACUUUGAUUGCAUUGAUGUAAAUGAAUGCAAAUCAGAAAAUAACAAGUGUGAUGGAAACUGUGUCAAUACUAUGGGCUCCUACAACUGCUCAUGCCCUGUAGGCUAUAAACUGCAAAAUGAUAAAUUAAGCUGUCGAGCAUGUGAUGCUUAUCAUUGGGGAGAUAACUGUGCAACUACAUGUAACUGUAGUAUACUAGGCACAUCAAGUUGUGAUGCUGAAAUUGGAUGUCAGUGUAAAACAGGCUGGGCUGGGACAUGGUGUGAGAUUGAUCAAGAUGAAUGUUCUAGUGAAACCUUUCCUUGUCUGCCAUUGUCUUCAUGUAUUAACACACCUGGAUCAUUUGAAUGUCAGUGUAAAGAAGGAUAUAUUGACUUAACUAACCAUACAUGUACAGAAUGUUAUUAUGGAACUAACGGAUACAGUUGUAAUCAAAAUUGCUCAUGUAAUGUAACAAAGGGUAUUUGCUUUGCUGAGAAUGGAACAUGUGAGUGUUUAAAGGGAUGGAAUGACACAGGCUGUAAUACUGAUAUAAAUGAAUGUAGCUAUGAAAUCAAUCCAUGCCAGAACAAUUCAAUCUGUGUUAACACAUUAGGAUCAUAUAGAUGUGUCUGUGAUAAAGGCUUCUUUAAAUCAAACCAUGGUUGCACUCCUUGUAGUAAAAUGAAAUUUGGUCAAGACUGCAGUGAAAAGUGUAAUUGUGUUCAGCUUCACACUGAGAAAUGCAAUAAUAUCAAUGGAUCUUGUACAUGUAAGCCAGGCUGGACUGGAGUUCAUUGUGAGACAGAUAUUGAUGAAUGUUCAAACACUAGCUACUGCCCAGAUGCUCAUGACCAUUGUUUUAAUAUAAAUGGAUCAGCAGAAUGUAGAUGUGAUGAAGGAUAUGGAAAAUCAAUUGGCCCACUUUGUGAAGAUAUAGAUGAGUGCGUUGAUCCAUUUUACCAGUGUGACUUGAAGACUACAACAUGUAACAAUGCAGAAGGAUCAUAUGAAUGUAUUUGUAAACAUGGACAUUUAACAAAAACAAAUGACAAAUUUGCUUGUACAGUGAACUACAUUUCAUUCCCUUUGACUGUUCAACUUCAGUACCCCAAAGAGAAAAUAAACCCGUUCUUGUUUAUUUCAACGACGAUAGAAUCAAAAGCAUUAUCAAGUAAAAUUGCAGAUAGUUUAACUAAAUUUGGUAAAGAAAAACUUGGUCAAGCUAUUUUGCCUUUCAUUAUAAAUAAACUUGUAAAUGGAUCCGUUAUUGCCUAUACAGAACUACAGGUUGAUCAAUUGUAUAGUAACAGUGACUCAGACCCUGCUUCAACGUUUGCUUAUGAACUAAACAAAGCAGGAAAUUUGACUAUUGGUUCUGAAGUAAUUGAAGUACUGGAUGUUUCUGUGUGUAACACUUCAUUGAAAACGAUACCAAGUUCAUGUGAGGUGCACUAUGUCUUGAAGAACUGUUCAUCAAGUCCAUCAUACAAAGAGAACACUGUAGCAUCUUGUAAAAUCAUAGAUGCUGAAAACAAUACUGCUUUAAAAAUUGGAUUGUCUGUUGGACUUAGCCUGCUGGUCAUCAUCACAAUAGCUAUUGUGGUGCUUGUUAUCUUGCGCUGCAGAAAUAGAAGACAAAGACAGGAUAAAGAGGAAUAUAUUGAAAUUAAUCCACAGCUACCAUCCCCAUUACCAGAUGAUACUUUUUACAAAACAACUGAGGAGAAACAUGCUUACAAUACACUUGAGAUGCAAGAUACAGAUCCUGAUGUACAUUAUCAAAUGAUACCAACCACAUCAGAGGAACAAGGAACUAAUUUACCUGACCAAAACACUGAUAUUAAUACAUAUUAUGAAAUAGUGAAAGAUGCAGACAAUAAGACAGCGGCAUUUAGAGAAAUGGCUACUUGUUCAAACAAUGACAUUACUCCCAACAUUCCACUAAGAGAGAAGUCUAAUAAUAAACCAGCUGAAGAUUCAAAAAUAACUAACAGUACAUACAAUGAAAUACAGAAUAAUCAAAAUAGUUUAAUUGUUAUUAAUUCAGAUAUAACCAAUAGUACAUACAAUGAAAUACAGAAUAAUCAAAAUAGUGUAAAUGAUAUGAAUGCAGAAAUAGACAACACUCCAUACAAUGAAAUCCCCAUCAAUCAAGACCAUGAAGUUGUCAACAGCCUAGAAGAGGAUAACAGUCCUUAUAAUGAAAUUAAUCCUGACGAAGAUAGAGGUCACAAUCCAUACCAUCAAUUAAAUGAAUCUGGAACAAAUGACUUGGACAAGGAACAUGUUUAUGAAAAGAUCCAUAAGUGAACAGUUGAAUCUAAUCUAGGCUUAACCACAUUAGUAAUCAUUAGUAUGAUAUAAUAAACAAUAUUUGUUUGUAAAUCAUGUUCCCUUUUUCAUUCAUACAUUAAAAUUUACAUGGAGAUUGUUUCCAAUACCACUAUGUGAAUAUGUUACCAGAAUGUAUAAAACCCCAGCAUGUAUAAAAUAUCUUGGCAAUUUAGCAAUUCCUGUUGUUCUUUGAAUCACAGAAUGAAAGUCCCUGAUUUUCAUAAGAUGGGCGAGUCAUAGUCUUUCAAUCCAGUGGUCAGUUUUCUAAUUUCAUGCCUGGCUUAGCUCUUUCAAGCAUAAUUAUAUUCUACACUUUGCCUGUGGUCGUUUAGGUAAAUGU